GGUACCUAGCACGGAAGCAUCGGGUGUCACCAGCUCUCCAGCACCCUCUCGGAUGACGUCCUUCAACACGCCCCGGUCCCCGGAAAUGUCCCGCAUCCUCCGACUUAACCUCUGCCGGCACCGUGGAUGGCGUGGCAGGUGAGCGUGCCCGAGCUGGAGGACCGCCUUCAGUGCCCCAUCUGCCUGGAGGUCUUCAAGGAGCCCAUGAUGCUGCAGUGCGGCCACUCCUACUGCAAGGGCUGCCUGGUGAACCUGUCCCACCACCUGGACUCGGAGCUCCGCUGCCCAGUGUGCCGGCAGGAGGUGGAUAGCAGCAGCUCCCCGCCCAACGUCUCUCUGGCGCGGGUGAUUGAAGCUCUACAGCUCCCCGGGGACCCGGAGCCCAAGGUCUGCCAGCACCACCGGAACCCGCUCAGCCUCUUCUGUGAGAGGGACCAGGAGCUCAUCUGCGGCCUCUGCGGCCUGCUGGGCUCCCACCAGCACCACCGCGUCACGCCUGUCUCCACCGUCUACAGCCGCAUGAAGGAGGAGCUAGCGGCUCUCAUCUCUGACCUGAAGCAGGAGCAGAAGAAGGUGGAUGAGCAUAUUGCCAAGCUGGUGAACAACAGGACCCGGAUUGUCAAUGAAUCUGACGUCUUCAGCUGGGUGAUCCGUCGCGAGUUCCAGGAGCUGCACCACCUGGUGGAUGAGGAGAAGGCCCGUUGCCUGGAGGGGUUGGAGGGUCAUACCCGUGGCCUUGUGGCCUCCCUGGACAUGCAGCUGGAGCAGGCCAAGGGCACUCAGGAGCGGCUGGGCCAGGCUGAACGUGUGCUCGAGCAGUUCAGUAAUGAAAGUCACUAUGAGUUCAUCCGGAAGUAUCACUCCACGGCCUCCAGAGCAGAGCUCCAGCAGGCCCGGCCUCUGGAAGGCGCCUUCAGCCCCGUCUCCUUCAAGCCGGGCCUCCACCAGGCUGACAUCAAGCUGACUGUGUGGAAAAGGCUCUUCCGAAAAGUUCUGCCGGCCCCGGAGUCCCUCAAGCUGGACCCCGCCACCGCCCACCCACUCCUGGAACUCUCCAAGGGCAACACGGUGGUGCAGUGUGGGCUCCUGGCCCAGCGGCGAGCCAGCCAGCCAGAGCGCUUUGACUACAGUACUUGUGUCCUGGCCAGCCGGGGCUUCUCCUGCGGCCGUCACUACUGGGAGGUGGUGGUAGGCAGCAAGAGCGACUGGCGCCUGGGGGUCAUCAAGGGCACAGCCAGUCGCAAGGGCAGGCUGAGCAAGUCCCCGGAGAAUGGCGUGUGGCUCAUUGGCCUGAAGGAGGGCCGGGUGUACGAGGCCUUCGGCUGCCCUCGGGUGCCCCUGCCUGUGGCCGGCCACCCCCACCGCAUCGGCGUCUACUUGCACUACGAGCGUGGCGAGCUCACCUUCUUUGAUGCUGACCGGCCCGAUGACCUGCGGCCGCUCUACACGUUCCAGGCUGACUUCCAGGGCAAGCUCUACCCCAUCCUGGACACAUGCUGGCACGAGAAGGGCGGCAACGCGCUGCCUCUGGUGCUGCCCCCGCCCAGCGGGCCUGCCCACCUCACCCCCACGCAGCCCACCAAGCUGUAGGGCUGCCGGUCGGUCUGCCUGCCCGCGGGCUCUUCCCAGCCGGGGCUCUGCUGGGUCCAGUGUGCAGAGAUGAUGUUCUUUACCGUGUGGGAAGGUCUUCACGCCUGUGUGUUCCUAGAAACGUUUAAUGAUAGGAAGAAAAGGACCAUAAUCCCUUCCCCUACAGCCAGGGGCCUAUUGAUUCACCUUUUGCCGGGUUAUUCACCUCCUCAUAAACCGGCAGAACCAGGCCUGGGUGUCCACGGGUUAAGAUAGGCUUCCCUUGGUCCCUCCUAAGCACACUUUCUGCUUCCUCUUUUAACUGAAGCUGGAAACAUCCCCGCACGUGAUUUCUCCAUGUCAUUGUGAACUUACGGAUAAUAAAUUUGAUACCGUCUUUCUCUUUA